AUGAACGAAUACCCGGCAGAACCCCUAAAAACCCUCGUAGAUUCCGGAGCAACCUCCAACUUUAUCUCCCCAAGUAUAGUGGAAAAAUUAAAAAUCCCAAAAACCCUACUUGAAAAUCCACGAGUAGUGAGAAUGUUAGAUGGUACUAUUUCACAGACUGGUCGCAUUUGGCACCAGGUUCACCUCGCGGUCUUGGCCAAUGGCCAUAUUCACUCCAUCCCUUUCCUCGUUUGCCCCAUCGGCAACACUUUGGCUAUAUUAGGCAUGACAUGGCUCACUUCAGAAUCUCCGCUCAUAGACUGGCAACAGGGUCUAAUCACGUUCCCAGAGCAGGUACAGAUUGCUUCAGAAGAAGAAGCGGACCCGGACCCUCUAGCAGACCUUCCCUCUCAGUAUCACGAAUUUGCUAGAGUAUUUGGCGAAGAGGAGUUCAAGGUCCUCCCUCCCCAUAGGGAAUACGACAUCUCAAUUGAUCUCACCCCAGAAGCCAAACUCACACCAGGUCCAAUCUACGGCAUGACCAAUGCGGAAUCUAAGGCACUGAAGCAACAUAUUGAUGAGGAACUAGCCACGGGCAAGAUUCGCCCCAGUACUUCAUCAGCAGGCGCCCCAGUAAUGUUUGUAAAGAAGGCAGAUGGAUCCCUACGACUGGUUGUGGACUACUGGAAGUUAAAUGAUGUCACCCAGAAAAAUGUCUACCCACUCCCCAGACAGGAUGAUCUGAUGGCCAAGCUUAGGAACGCAAAGCUAUUUACCAAACUAGACCUUUGUUGGGGCUAUAACAAUGUCAGGAUUAAGGAAGGAGAUGAGUGGAAGACGGCAUUUAGGACCAAGUAUGGGUUAUUUGAAUACCUGGUCAUGCCCUUUGGUCUCACCAACGCCCCGGCCGCCUUCCAACAUUUCAUGAAUGACUUGUUUAGAGACCUCAUUGAUGUCACAGUGGUGAUUUACUUGGACGACAUCCUUAUCUUUUCAGAAGACCCCAAGAAGCAUCCAGAACACGUUAGGGAAGUCUUAUCGAGACUAAUGAAAAACCAGUUGUUCUGCAAGCUCUCUAAGUGUCACUUCCACGUCACCACAGUCGACUACCUUGGUAUUGUCAUAUCCCCUGCAGGCUUCUCCAUGGACCAGAAGAAGAUUGAGGCUGUUACAUCAUGGCCCCAACCCAAAACGGUCAAGCAGGUCCAAGCCUUCCUAGGAUUUGAAGUCCCAUGGUCUUGGGAGGUCCAAGAGGAAGAAGCUUUUCAGGAAUUGAAGUCCCUAGUCACCCGUUCCCCGGUCCUAAUCCACUCGAACCCAGACCUUCCCUAUUACCUAGAGACGGAUGCGUCAGGCGUAGCUAUGGGAGCCAUCCUGAGCCAACGGGGGGAAGAUAACCGCCUUCAUCCUAUUGCCUACAUGUCCAAAUCCUUCUCAGGAGCCAAAGCAAAUUACGACACCCAUGACAAGGAGCUUCUGGCAAUUAUCAAGGCAUUAGAGGAAUGGCGAAUUUUCCUAGAAGCAACGGACAGACCAAUCCAGGUUUUCACAGAUCAUAGAAACCUGGAAUAUUGGAUGCAGGCACGGACAUUUAACAGAAGGCAUGCACGUUGGCGGAUCUUCCUGAGCGACUUUAACUUUGAGAUCCACUAUCGCCCAGGGAAACAAUCAGGAAAACCGGAUGCUCUCUCCAGAAUCGAUCGAUUACAUUGA